AUGUCGCCUGCGACACCAAAUGUCAAUAUUAUUAGCAAAAAUAAAGAAAGUCCAAGGAGUCUUGUCUUUUGUUACUAUGUUUCUGGUCACGGGUUUGGACACGCAACGCGAGUUGUACAAGUAGCAUCAGAAAUUCUUGCUCUUCCACGUAGACAUAAACUGUACAUAGUCUCAAACGCACCUCAAUUUAUCUUUGAAGGUGCUAUUAGUCGUGGGGCUAAAUAUAGACAUGCGCUUAUUGACGCUGGCGUCAAACAACCGCUAGCAUAUACUGUAGAUAGAGAUCAGACGAUAGAUGGUUUGCAAGCAUUCAUGUUACGAAGAAGAGAGAUGGUGAAUAGAGAGUCGAGUUGGUUACGAGAAGUGAAGGCGGAUAUCGUGUUGUCAGAUGCGCCUUUCCUACCAUGUGCAGCAGCGGCAGCGAUCGGAAUCCCAUCCUCGAUCGUAAGUAAUUUCACCUUUGAUGCAGUCUAUUCGGGCAUGUAUCAAGAUGAUGAAAAGAUGGACGCUAGUAUUAAAAAGCUUAUCGAUCAAGUGACUGCGGAUUACAAAAAAUCAAAUUUAUUGAUACGUUUGCCAGGCUAUAUACCGAUCCCAUCAUUUGCUGGCACUCAAUUAUAUCCGGAGCAUAAUAUUUCGAAUGGAUUUUUGACGAAAAACGGAAUCAAACCACUAAAAAAAGUGAAUCGUCGCGUGAUUGACGUUCCACUUGUCGUGAGGAAAUGUAAAACACCUAGAGAAAUUGUGUUCGAUAAUCUCGGAAUCCCUAGUAAAGUGUAUCGGACGCACAAAGUUUUGCUCGUAUCAUUUGGAGGACAAAAUUUAGAGCCAAUUGAUAGAUGGGGUUCACCUUUGCCUGAGGGAUGGAUAGCUAUAGUGUGUGGUUGUCAAGGCGUCGAGGGCAAAGUCCUGCCGAAACGUUUUUAUAAAUGCCCAGUUGAUGCAUAUAUCCCAGAUCUCACUAAUGCUGCUGAUGUAGUGAUGGGAAAAUUGGGUUAUGGCACUUGUUCAGAAUGUAUCGCUCACGCAAAACCUUUUAUAUAUGCUCCUCGUCCUCAAUUCAUAGAAGAAAAUGGGUUAAAGCGUCUGAUGGAAACUCAAGGCUCGUGUAUAGAGAUGUCAAAAGAAGAUUUUGAAUCAGGACAAUGGAAGAGUUAUAUUCUACGCGCAUAUAAUAUGCCGGGUGUUUGUCAAGAUUCAAGUAACAGAUUAACUCAUGAUGGUGGUGAAAUUGCUGCCAAAAUUCUCGAACAAUUUCUUGAUGAUCAUUUGGCAAUGGUCAAGAUUGAAACUAUGCGAUCUUCGCAGGUCACAAAUAAGACGGAUUUGCUUGUGGGAUCAAAUGAUGGAACAAUAAUACACCGAUACAUUCCUAAGGCAUUAGAGAAUAAUUUAAUAAUAUUUACUAUAGAAUUCUAA